UUCUCCAAGUGCAUUUGAAUGCUUCAACGCGGCUGCAACAUGUUAUUGCGUCCCGUUGUCAAUGCAACCACCACUAUUGCAUGCUCCUCUCGAUUGUGCUUGUCAACAGGAGCAAUCGUUCCUGCUGUAGUAGUGGGUCGCCGAGACAUGUCGUUGCCGACCGCUCAGACUGCGUCGCUGCAUCGCCCGACUGCCACAUCUGCGACUCUUACAACUAGUGCGCCAGGGACCUCGUCUUCAUCGUCAUCAUCGUCGUCAUCGUCGUCAUCGCCGGCAUCGGCCCGCGGCAGGAUUGACGAGCUGCGCCAGUCACUUCGCGACACGAGGACGGUCCUCGACCAGAAGACGCAGCGCCAAGUCGCACAAGGCGAUCCGCGCAGGAGCCGUCGUGCAGCUCAAGCAAAGAGCAAGGCUGCUCGGUUGCUGGAAGGCGAAUCACAGGCGGACGCUGCUGAGAACAGGCCGAACGGGCACAUGGACGACGAUCGCUCAGCCGCCGAGGACGCGUCCAUGCAAGGCAACCGAGCUCAUGCAGAUGCAGAGACUCUGACAAUCGACCAAGAACAAGACGAAGCGUUUGAAUACGAGGGCGACGACGCACAGCCAAUGUCGCGAAUUCCGGAGGGAUCGUAUCGACUCGGCUUGUCGGCAGUUCCAGACCCGUUGAACAAGGCACUCACGCGAGUCAUGCACGCCACCCAUCGAGUACAGCUCAAGCAGGACAUCCUGAAACUGCAGCACUUUUUGUCCCUGCGGUACAAGGCGAGAAAUUCUGCUGCAGAGCUCAAGCUCAUUCAGAAAGACGUCGUGGCAAAGAGGAAGCAAGCCGAAUUCCGGAGCCGCUAUGCAAUGCUACGCGAAGAAUCACAACUUGACCAAGAAGAGGAGAUGGAGGAGGGCAUGAUGGACGAGAGCGAAAUGGAAGCAUCCGACCCGAACGCCGAGCCGUUGGAACUGUCGGACAUCUCCGCGGACGAUAUUGCAGAGAUUCAAGAGGUGGAGCUCGAUGAACUCGCGUCUGCCAGUGAUGAGGACGCACCAGAGCUACCCUCCCUGGAAACGAAGUUUAGCAGCAUGUUCCGGCCUGUGCCAUUGGAACGAACGUCCGAUGAAAUGCUGCUCAAGAAAAUUGCCCACGCGCCAAUCAUGUUUGACGGCCGCGUUGCCCUCGCGCACGGCAUUGCUCAGUCCGCCCUCGACUAUGCUGCAGUGGACCGUAUUGUGUCGGAGCUUGUGAAACGGUACGGGGACCAACUGAACCUUGCCUCUGUUCUUGAUUACGGAUCGUGUUUGGCCACGGGAAGCUGGGCUGCACGAGCGGUUUUGCCGUCAUUCAAACGCGCGACUUUUGUCCACGUCUCUCAAUCUGUUUUGGACUUGGUGACAAAGACUUCGCGAGAUUCUGAGCGACAGUCAACAUUCACUGAACUCAGCUUGCGCAGCUUCUUGCCAUCAACCUCAUCGGACCUGGUACUCGGCGUCAACGCUCUUGCUGAGCUCGCGCCAGAACGAAAGCUGCCGCUGGUCGAGCAAUUGUGGGAACUAACCGCGCCAGGUGGAUUUCUCGUGUUGGUCGAGCAUUCUGAUCGACUUGGCUUUCAUGACGUCAUGGCCGCACGAAAGCACCUCCUGGAACUUGAACGUGCCAAGGCCAGUGAAUUGGGCACGGCAACCCAGUGUCAUGUGGUAGCGCCGUGCCCUCAUGAUAAUGAGUGUCCGUUGAUUGCUAGCAUGUCACUCGACAUUUGCUCCUUCCGCCAACGAGCGCGGUUGAAUGAAUCACGAACGGCGGUCAAGGCAUUCCAAAAGUUUGGCUACUUUCCUUCGUACUUUACCUAUGUGGUGCUGCGGAAGGCCAGCCGAGAGGAGAAGCCUGUGCCACAAGCGACCUGGGCUCGGAUUGUUCUAGAAGAACCGGCGCUACAUCGAAAUCAAGUUGCGACGCAUCUGUGCACUGCGGAAGGUGAGCUCGUGCGUAACUUUACAGUGGGCAAAGCUGUUGGUCCUGCCUUGUACAAGGCUGCCAAGAGGCGAUACCAGCAAGAUUUGGUUCCGGUGGCCGAGUAUCAACAGGCGAUGAACAGUCUGCGCGAGCAUCGAAAUGCCCCUCGCUCUCGCUGAGCACAUGCCCACUCGAUAUUAUAUUGUGUAUUGCCAUGUAUUCUAAUUUCUAUAAACUCGGUUUCCUCGC